UCUUAACCUGUCAAGUCGUCAACUUUGACGAUUAAUAACUCACUUCGCCGGGCAGAGUAACACUUCUUUCUGCCAGAUUCUCUCGUUUCGUGCAAAAACACGUUGAAUAAGUGUAAUUUCACCCAUAUUUGUGCUGGUGUAGCUAAACUAAAUAAUUACCUUAUUAUUUUAUCUUUUGAGAAGGAUUUUGGAACGCAGCCACAGUUGGCGACAUCUGAGACCCAUGACAAAUGGCGCCACGGUAUUUUUACUUCUAUCAGGGGAGGAAGCGUAAACAUGCGAGUUCGUACCUCGUGGUCUGCAGUGGUAUAAACAUAAGAGUGGACGUAACGCCUUAGCAGCUUUUUUAUAUAAAAUGGAUAAAAAGUGUCAUAUAUGGGAAACGGAGGAACUUUGCAGUAUCAAUAUAUGUCCAUUAGUAACAGCUCCAUUCGCAGUACAAUGGUCGCCCGACAAUCAGAUUUCAUUAAUUACAGAAGGAGGUGUUCACGUAUUAGAACUACAACCUUCUCCCAUGUCUCCCAAUCCGACCGUCAAAUUUACUCGGUCCUUCGUGAAUCCUUCUGACACUCUGCCAGCGUAUGCGUUUGCAACUGAGAUGGAAUCCCUGGUAUGGAAAUUGGAACGCCAAGAGAUAUACUCUCUUCUUAUGGAAGAAGCAAUUACACCAAAGUUAAAUGGUGUGAGUGAUAUUGCCUUUAGGAUAAUCAAGAUUGCAUGGUCACCAAAAAAUUUGAUUUCUCCGAAUCAGUGUAUAUUAGCAAUAUUGACUACGUCAGGGGCGGUCGAAUUGUUGCACAAAGUUUCCAAUGAGUGGUAUUCCAUUUGUGAUAUCUCAAUUCUUCGGCUGAAUAUUGUACAAGAAGAAAUCAAGUCUAGUCUUCGUAAUUGUAUGAAUUCAUUCGACACCAUGAACCAGUACGCUACAACCAUUCACAGCAUGAGAAAGUUACAGGCCUGUUCUAUAACAUGGAGUGAACUUUUCGAAAUGGGAAAAACUUACUUUGCAUACUUUGCUGUAGCUUAUCGCAACGGUGAUAUAUCGAUUUGGAAGAUUCCCAGAAUUUCAAAUUUCACCGCAAGCUUGAAACCUGUAUUAGCUAUCAGAAUAGAGUUGAAAAUCACUUUGAGAAUCAACUUGUUAUGCUGGGUCAGCAUUAGUGCGAAUGAACAUCUGCUCAUUGUCGGAUAUAUUGACGGUAGAAUAUAUAGUAUAAAAUUGUCGUGUGAUAUUGACAAGCUACAAAUCGAUUCAAUAGAAAAAUGUACCGAAAGCGACCGUAUUGGAAUCAAUCAUUUCCACAUCGUUCACAAAGAUAAAUCGCACAUAAAGAUCCUUGCUGCCAAAGGUAUUUUUCUUUUGCUAUUGUGCAUAAAUUGGACAGGGUCAUUGAAGAGUAUAAAAUAUCUACGGACAAAAGAGUUUAAUAUUACAGGUAUAAACUCCAUUACUGCUCAAAAAUUCUUAAUCAGUACUCAGGACGCUCACGUCUUCGUCGUAGAUAUACAGUCGGACGAGCUAGUGCUCACCAAUAUCACAACUCACCUGCCACAGACGCGUGUUCAGUACUUAGGACUUGCUCACUCACCAAAUAAAGUAAUGUUUGUCAAUAUAACUAGUCCGAGUAUGAGCUUCGAUCAUUUGGUGGUAAAGGAGCCAAGUACGAUACACGUGUUCGCUUUGAAAAGCGUCGACCCGCUGCCCAUUGUUAACAAUAGCACAAGUCUCACAAAUAUUUGGGACUGCAUGGAGAUGCUUCGUGUUAAAGCCGCUAAAGCGGAGGAUCCGAGUACGGUGUUGUGUACGACGACGACGACAGAGAAGCCGGAAUCGCUGCAUAACUUGCGAGUAUCAAUGUGGAUGACGGUGAUGAUGAAUGUGUGUAAAGUCAAGAAGCCGAUCCCGAAUAUAGAUCACAUAAGACAGAGCAAGAUAUCGCGAGAGUUGCCGUUAAUCUAUGUCCACUUCGCUUGUGCGUAUCUUGAUAACUUGACGAAGAAGGGCUCGAGGAAGAGGAAGAGCAUAUUAUCGAACGAUCAGAAGAUUGCUAUAGGCUUGCUGAGAAAGUAUCUGAACAUAUAUCUCACGAACGAGGACAACGAUGACGAGGAAGACGAGAGAGAUGAGAAGGCGCGUCGGUGCGCCCGAGAAACGCUGAAAGCAACCGCGUCUUGCAUCACCAUGAUGGAGAAGUGCAAUUUAUGUUGCGAGACGAUAAACGAACUCUCGAGGGACGUCACGUCGUGCCCGUCGGGUCACAAGUUACCCAGGUGUGCAAUAACGUUACUGCAAAUCACGUCGUUGGAGUACCGUGUCUGUCGGAUAUGCGGACAGAUGUUCCAUUCGUGUUUGGAGCAAGUGAGCCAGGAACCGUGCUGUCAGUUUUGCGAUGUUCCUCUUCUGUACAACGAGUAUGCUCUCGACGUGGAGGGAUCGGAAUUGUACGGGAAAAAUUUGUCGCAGCUGCGAGUCAACAUCGUGGAAUCGUCGAAGGAGCAGCAAUAUCCGGAAGAGUCGCACGAGAAGCCACACAAGAACAAGCGCACUGCCAAAGCGAAAACUGCGAGUAACUGCGACGAUAACAGUGAUGAUGUUCAAGUGAGAUGGGGGGACAUUUAAUAUUCACGUAAAGUAUUUAUAAAUAUUAGAUUCCAAAUUAUGUUAUUUAAUAAUUUUAGUAAUGUUAUGUUAAUAAUACCCCAAAGGUAUUUAUAUUGUUGUAUAUAUAGUAUUACUAGAAUAUUGUGUUUUUAAAUUGAUCAAGAGUGGAAGCUCUCGCGAGUCACUUGCAAAUAUCGUACAUUGUUUUUAAUAUAUAUAUAUAUAAUAAUUAUCCAUUGACGCUACAGCCCCAUGUAGAGACUUACCUCUCUCUCACGUAUGCAUGUGGUGCGCACGCGGAUUAUACACAUGCAUGCGGGACCUACAAUUUAAACGCCGGUUCCGAACGGCAAAUUGGAGAGAGGUUUCUUGGCAUGAAUAUUCUUUGGCGUUUGCCAGACCACCGGAAGAGGAGCUACGAGCUAUGAAUGAUGGGUAUGACAAAUUUUCUAGCUCUGUCGGAAAUCGAACCCAGAACCUCUGUAGCAUAGUAAAUCGGUGCGCUGUCUACCAUGCCACGCUCGUGCUCAUAUAUAUAUAUAUAUAUAUAUAUAUGUGUGUAUGUGUGUGUAUAUAUUUUUUAUAAUUGUAUAAAAAUGUACGAUCCUAUUUUAGUAAUACAACUUGAAAAUAAAAUAAGUACAGAGAACUUUGGUUCAUAUUCUCAACUUUUCAGCUCACUUUUACUGAUAAAAGUGUCUCUCAAAGUAACUUAGAGACUACCUAAAUUUGUUGAUAAAACGGAAGGAAAAAAAUCGAUUUAGGGUGCGUAAUUUUAGAAGUUUUAAAAAACCCGGUUUUUUCCCAAUCUAUUGAACGGAUUUUUUCGGGUUCUUUCCGGAAAAAUGGAAAAAAAAGAAAGAUUGUUUUUAAAUUAUACUGAGAAGUAU